ACCUCAUAUUACCCAUCCAUCCAAAACACACACCAGCCCUCACAGAGGACCAGGAGUUCAAGAGCGCUUGAACAAACACUGAGGGGAGUGGAAAUAUCUUGGGGAUGUACUUAGUGUAUUACUCUCUUUCAUAUGCGAGCUUGUGCAAGUGUCAUAUCCUUGGUGGUGAUUUAUUUUGUUGUGCGUCGGCCAACUUGAAAAGAAAGAGACGCAGACGCGCUUCUGCGGGCUUUUGCUGCGCAUGAGAAGUUAGGUGCGCCAACAGAUUUGAGAAGAGUGAAAACAGAACAAGGCUACUGCACACACCAUGACAACAGGAGACUCUGUCUGUCAGAGCCAGAAUAAAGCUUGGGCUCUGUUCUGCUUGCCUGGCUGUAAUUAUGGCAGAGAAGGAAGAAGGACUUUAGUUUUAAUCUAUCCAGUGUUUCCGUUUGUGGGACUGAUCUUGUUGGCCAGCCUUCCUUUUGGAGCAAGCAUCAAACAGAGUGUCCCCAGAGUCAAACUCAGCUACAGAGAAUUGCUUCAAGCAGGAAGCAUAUAUCUGUUCUUGGGCCCAGCUGACGGCCUGCACUCCCACUCGCUGCUGUUGGAUGAGGAGAAGGGUCGUCUUUUGCUUGGAGCAAGGGAUCACAUCUACCUGCUUGACCCGAACAAUCUGGGCAAAGACCCCAGAAAGAUCUUCUGGCCUGCUCCGAGAGACAGAGUUGAAACAUGCAAACUUGCUGGCAAAAGUGCAAAUUUGGAAUGUGCUAACUUUGUCAGAGUCCUCCACAAUUACAACCGGACACAUGUCUAUGCCUGUGGGACAGGAGGCUUCCACCCCACCUGUGCUUUCAUUGAAAUCGCUGGGCAAAAUGAGGAUGGUGUUUUCCAGCUGUUGCCUAAUACAGUAGAUUCUGGCAGGUUGAAGUGUCCUUUUGAUCCCUUGCAGCCUUUUGCUUCAGUCCUUUCAGAUCAGUACCUAUAUGUGGGCACAUCAUCAGACUUCCUGGGCAAAGACACUACAUUCACACGCUCCUUAGGUCCUCCGCCUGACCAGCACUACAUACGCACAGACAUCUCUGAAGACUACUGGAUCAACGAGGCCAGGUUUAUUUCUGCUCAUCCCAUCGCUGACACAUACAAUCCUGAUGAUGACAAGAUAUACUUUUUCUUCCGUGAGGUGUCGCGGGAGGGCAACGACAAGAGCAUCCUCUCCCGAGUGGCUCGAGUGUGCAAGAAUGAUAUUGGUGGGCUGAGGAGUCUAACCAAUAAAUGGACCACCUUCCUCAAAGCCCGGCUUGUAUGUUCUAUUCCAGGACCAGAUGGUGUGGACACACACUUUGAUGAGCUCCAGGACAUCUUUCUGCUCCCUACAAGAGAUGACAAAAACCCCAUAGUGUAUGCAGUCUUCUCAACUUCCAGUUCCAUUUUCCAGGGCUCAGCUGUAUGUGUAUACAGCAUGGCAGACAUAAGGGCAGCGUUCAAUGGACCGUUCGCCCACAAAGAGGGCCCCAACCACAGAUGGGUGGAAUAUGAGGGGAGAAUACCAUACCCUCGUCCUGGAACAUGCCCCAGCAAUACAUAUGAUCCAAGAAUCAAGACCACCAAAGACUUUCCAGAUGAGGUGAUCAGUUUCAUUCGAUUCCACCCACUGAUGCACCGCUCAGUGUACCCUCUGACUGGCCGGCCGGUCUUCACACGUGUCCGAGUGGAUUACUCCCUGACUCACAUUGUAGUGGACAGGGUUAUGGCAGAUGAUGGGCAAUACGAGGUCAUGUUCCUGGGAACAGAUGUUGGUUCAGUUCUGAAGGUUGUGAGCAUCACCCAAGAGAACUGGUCAAGAGAGGAAGUAAUUCUUGAGGAGCUUCAGGUCUUCCAGGUUUCCUCUCCUAUCUUCACGUUGGAGAUUUCUUCUAAAAAGCAACAACUUUACGUGGGUUCCAGAGAAGGGCUUGCUCAAGUUUCCCUCAGCAGAUGUCACCUGUAUGGCCAAGCCUGCGCUGAAUGCUGCCUUGCUCGAGACCCCUAUUGUGCAUGGGAUGGGCACACAUGCUCACGAUACGUCCCUGCAUCUAAGAGACGUUCCAGAAGACAGGACAUUAAAAAUGGAGAUCCUGCCAUUCAUUGCUGGGACACAGAAGACAGUCAAGGUGGUGGCAAAGUGGAGGAGAAAGUUAUUUUUGGAGUUCAGAACAACUCCACCUUCCUUGAAUGUACCCCAAAGUCUCAACAGGCCCAAAUCCGGUGGUACAUACAAAGAUUCGGAUCUGAACACAGAGAGGAGGUCAGACUGGACGAUCGUGUUGUCCACACAGACAGAGGACUCCUGAUUCGCUCCCUUCACGCUUCUGAUGUUGGCAUGUACUUCUGUGUGGCUCAGGAGCACACACACUUCACACACACUCUCCUGCGUCUCACGCUGCAGCUUCUCACACAUGGACAACUGGACAGAAAGCCCAAGCUCGACGAAGAUGCUGUCAUGGAGCAGCACCACAGUACGGAGGCACGUCAGCGUUACAAAGACUACUUGAGAGUAAUGAGCUCUCCCUUCCACUCUUUGGAAGAGUACUGCGAUUCCCUUUGGCUGGAUAAGAGGGCAUCUAGGAUCAGAGGAAAAGGUUUAGGACUUGGCAAAUGGAAACACAUGCAGGACAUGAAGAAGAGUAGAAACAGGAGGCACCACAGGGACAGAGAGGAAAGCAAAGAGCGAAGGGGCAGAGAGAGAGUGAUUAGGGCAGCGUGAAGGUGAUGAAGAGGGUCAAAAAUAUCAAUAUUUACAUAACCAUAAACUUUGUAUGAUGAAGUAAUGUUUGAUGAUGAAACUGAUGGGACAUAGAACUGUAAAACUGCAGUGUCAAGUAAGGUUUUGACAAAGCUAUGCGACGUUGAUAUUUGAAACUUUCCCCUCCUAAAAGUUUAUUAAUCUUUUGAUUGUUUUUUUUAUAUAUAAAUAUACAUAUUCACCUAGAUGAUUAUGCCUUGGAAUGUGAAACCAAUAGCAAUGAUACACCUAUUAAUCUGGUAAAUACAUACAAUUGAUUUCCUGUAUCAUCUAGUGACAAUGUAAUUUUUGCAACAGGUGAUGGUAAUAAAAUAAUGUUAGGUUUAAUAGAAGUGUUAAAGGUAAAAAAAAAUAAAAAAAUAAAAAUACUUAAAAAAAUUGUUGAUGACAUAAAUUUUAAAUGAAUGUAAAUAUUUAUGUAACAUGUACAGUAAUUGCAGCAUUAUUCUUUUUCUCCAAUACCCAUUUGUAUGUCUAAAACAUUAUGAUGUAUUAUGUUUGGCUGAAGAAAUUUAAUAUUUUUCUACAAUCUCCUCCCUUGUGUUCAAUGUAGACUUGAUUUUUUUCAUUUAUUAAAGUUCCUGAAAGUUAUUUAAAUAAAAUUUUCUUACAUUCCUUA